GAAUACAAAAGGAGAAAUUCUGAGGAAUGUCCUGGUCAGUGGUUUCUGUGCAAUGAGAGUGGUCGUGAAGACUGAAAAAAGGAUGCAAAAUCACUUUUUAGGUCUCCUGAAGACACGUGAUGGAACAGUUGAAAUUGAAGUCGAUAAUAGGGACUUUAAACAACAACAGCAGCUGAUGGAAUGGCAACAGUGUUCUGCAAAAAUGGCAAUAACUAUUAAUAGUUUACGUACCGUCACUGAUGCAUAACCUGUUAUGAUAUCAUUAAAUGGUUCAGUGAGUUUAAUUUGAAAACCAUGAAAGAAUCAUUAAAAACAUAUUUUAAACGUAUAAAAAAUCACUAGAAGAUCUGAUACAAACAAACGUUUACUUUGCUAAAUUGCAACACAAUCCUCAAACAAAAUUGCUACCAUGUGGCUGCUCUGGAGGAUUUGAGCUACAUUGCACAAGUAGACUACUUUGUUACUUUUACAGUAAUUAUUGCAACCUUUGGAGACUUGAUAACAUUUUGUAAUGACAUGAGGGUGAGUAAAUGAUGGCAAGUUUUUUUUUUGUUUUGUUUGUUUGUUUUUUUCUGGGUGAACUGCCCCUUUAAGAUUUAUUUUCAAUGUCGCUCUUCAGGACCUUCUAAGAUUAAAGAUUUAAACUUUUGUGUCUUAAAACACAUGACUGUUCUCCAUCCACCAACCACGUCACCUUACUGUCGUAGCUGUAGGUUUUAUUGAGUGAACUGAUAAAAGAUUGAAAUUACAAACGGUGCUAAUAACUCAAAUGAAACAAGAUGGUGGCUUAGAUUACAACUGAUUAGAUAUCAGUGAAAUGUAUGAAAGCAUGCUUUAAAUAGUGAAAGCUAUGAGUUUUCUGUUACCAUGAUCGCAUCCACCCUCAUCUCACCCACAGGUGAUGCAGAGUUAAUAGCGCACCGUUGAGCGCGUGGGAGAGACAUAGCCUCUCAUUACAGUCGAGAACUUCAUCCGGUACAAGAGACAUUUCUUGUGUGAGGCUGCAGUUAUUUCAACUUCUUGAGGAGCAGGCAUGGAUACAGCGCGGGCAGCCAGGGCGCAUAUUAUCUGGACAUCGAUAGCUUUGGUCUUUAUUUUAACCGCGUCGUGCUUGACAUACGUCUUAAUGCCGAAGGUGCCUGGAUGUCAAAGAAUUAGCAUCGUGAAUGACUCUGCAAUAGAAAGUAUGUUCAGACAAGGACUCUCUCGGGAACACUGGCUUUUCACAGCUCGGGGCUACAAUCCGACAGAUGAUUGCUUGAUCUGGGAGGAUGAGUGGCAUGGAUACAGCGAUAAGACUGCGAGUAUUCUGGACCACACCAACAUGUUGAUGGUCAUUCGAGAGAAAGGUGUCUACCUGGUCUACAUACAAGUUAACUUCCAACUGAACCUACAGAAGGACAACAGCUCUACUGUAGAACUCAAAAUUUUAGUGGAUUUCAUUUCUGAUGGGGAGAAGCAACUAUUUGCAGCCGCACAAGACACUCAGGUGGUGACUGACUCGCCUCAGGACGCCAAGCUCAACACUUUCCUUCUGAUGAAAAUGCAGCCAACAAGUCAGUUAUCAGUGAGAGUAUUUCCGAGUCAAUCUGUGAACUGCAAACCACAACCCUUUUCUAGUUUUAUCACUAUCAUAAAAUGGGCAGAUGACUGGUAGACUGAUGCAUAUAUUGCAGAAGUUACUGGCUUUCCAGGUGAAAACUAUAUCCAUGUCCAGUUUUUACAGUGGCUGUUGUUCUUAAUAUUCUUGUUAGCUUUAAAUGUGACAUUUCGGAGGAAUGCAGUCUCAAUAUCAGCUGCUAGAACACCUGAGAUUUUCCAGCUGUUGUACUAGGAAAUGCUCGCUGACAUUAACAAGGAUUGCGUGGGGGGUUGUGAUACUUUCUUGGUGUUUUUUCUUCUUCCUUUCGAAAUAUGAAGAUCACAUCUCAUGAUUUUCUCAGAAGCAUGACACAUUUUCCUCUCAACAGAUAUAUGAGUUAGGUUUGUUUUGUUUCAGUUUUUUUAUGAGUCAAGACGAAAAAGGGCACGAUAUACUGUUAAUGAGCACUGACUUUGAAGAUUCUCAUGUAUUUCGUUACGUACAUAAAAGAUGUGCCUGAAAACAAACAUUGUUUUACAAAACAGUAGUAAGCUAAUUCUGAACAAGUGGGUAUUUCUUCAGUGAAAUGCAUCUUCCUGUAUAUAUAAUCACAGUUUUUUUAUCAUCGACAACUGAAUGUAAAAACCUCAUAACACCCUAUCUUUGUCUAGCGUCAGUGUUUGAUAUAAAUGCUCUUUGUUUCAAAAGCUAUGGAGCUUUUAUGGAAAUUUUAAUGGGUAAAUAUGUGCUUCUUUUUAAGACAAGAAACCAGCAUUUUUUAAAGCUCUUGAAAUGCGGUGCCAGUUUUUAGCUGUAAGCAGAUUCAUCCAGCCACAGAAGCAUUUAUUUGUUCAUGCAUGGAUGUCAUGGAAAUGUUUUUUGUUUUUUUUUAUGGGGGUGACUAGGGGUGGGUUUUUUGGUUUUUUUCUUCACAUAAAAAAAUACCACUAGUUACACUAAUCCAAUCAGUCAAACAAGCCGUAUGAAUCUGUACAACAUCAGCUGUUUUAAUAAGAAAGUGGAGUGUUUUUCUUUUCCAGCGAGUGGGAAAGUUUCUUUUUCAAACCCAGUAUUUUUUCAGUCAGGAAAAUACCAUUUAUGAUGAUGCAUACUUUUUUGUAUUCAGAUGACUCAAACCUGCUGGCUAAGUCUAAAGAGUAUAUUUUAAAUGAGACUAAAUGUAAUGAUGUAUGAAAGUUUUGUUCUUUCACAGCUAAGCCCUUAUACUUGUGUUGUAACUAACAAGUUCACACAGUGAUUUCAAUUGACUACUUUUUUUUUACUGUUCUCAAAUAUGCAAACAAUAUUAUAUUUAUAUGUCAUUUGUAAUAUUUUUAUUUAAACUAAUAAUUAUAAAUAAAGCAAUAUGUUUUCCCUCUG